CCAUGGCAACAAGCUCGCGGCAAGAUUUUUGUUUACUCGCGUGGGGGGCCAACAGCUAUGGGCAGCAUGGACAGGGACAUGAGGAGGACCAGGCAAUCCCUCGGAUCUCGAACAAGGCUGCCCUACAUGGAAGAACCAUCCGGGCUGUGAGCGGUGGCGGUGGCCACUCGGUGGUUGUCACUGAUGAUGGAGAGGCGUUUGUGUGUGGGCAGAAUCACAGAGGCCAGCUUGGACUCGGCCACACUGCCAACUGCUCAACACUUCAGCACUGUUCAGGCCUGAAUCGGAGGGUCACGAAUGCUGCCUGUGGCUGGGAUUUUACUCUUCUCCUGACUGAUUGUGGUAACCUAUUAGCGUGCGGCUCGAAUGUAUUUGGACAGCUGGGUAUUGGUCACAUGACUUCACACUCUGCAGAGUUGGUGCUCAUUGAGGGUCUGAAGGAGCAUGUGUUGAGCAUUGCAGCCGGGCUCCGACACUCACUUGCCAUCACAGAGUCAGGAUAUGUCUACCAGUGGGGGACAGGUCUUUGUAGUCUUGCCAAGAGAGCACUCAGUCCAGACCCUGUUCCGUCACACCUCAAUUCCAAGAUUCCUUCUCUGGUACCAGGUCUGGAUCUGAAGAUGCCUCGUGCUGUCACUGCGGGCUCAGCACAUUGUGUGUGCCUUACAGGAGAUGGUGAUUUAUUUCUUUGGGGAAGCAACAAGCACAGCCAGCUGACUGCCACCGAGCUCUUCUUACCCAUUCCUGCUCCACUCAAGCGCUCACUUCUGGGUGGAGAGAAAGUUGUAAACGUGUGCAGUGGCUGGACUCACGUUAUUGCCCAAACAGAGAGCGGGAGAGUGUUCACUUGGGGCAGAAGAAAUUAUGGACAACUGGGCCGACCUUUGGCAAAUGGCGCAAAUCCUAAGCAUCAGUCAGCAGACCACAGUAGCCAGACUUCUCUACCUGCUGAGGCGCAUGCCCUGUGUGGAGCAACGCAACUCGCAUGUGGAUCCGAACAUAACCUCGCGGUUGUAGGGGAGCGUCUCCUCUCCUGGGGCUGGAACGAACACGGAAUGUGCGGAGACGGUUCACUGGCCGACGUCUUCGAGCCGCAACUAGUCCCUGGCCUCAGACCUCUCGUCAUCGGCUGCGGGGCCGGACACUCUUUGGCAGUGUGCACGGGGAAUACGUGCAAAGACCAGUGAUAAACUCUGCACGUAUCCCACUUACAUUGGAGCCAGCAUGCGACUCGGACUUUCACCUGAACUCCUAUUAAGGAAUUAUUUUACGAAUGAAGAUUCUUUGCGCCUAUUAUCCCAUAGUGGAGCGUUAUGCAGCACCUUUCACUGUCUUUUGGCAGCUAAGUGGCGAAAUCACAUGCAUGUCAUAAAUACCUUGUGUGUGUUGACAUGAGUCAUUUCUGAAAGGUCAUUAUUUCUCUAGUCAAGUCGUCAACUUGAUGGCAAUGAUCGGAGGCAAGAUCUUUACGUGACAUGGCCGUUUCUACACAUCCCGGUCCUCUCGCCAUAUUGGCCCUCCAAAAUGAAUGAAGGCGUUGAGGAUAAUGUGAGAGAUGGGCCCGACUUUAGCUGCAGCUUCAUCUUUCCUUGUCAGCGCUUUUAUUGCUUUGAUUUUUGAGCAUUGGGAGGCGCUCUAACUGUCGUCUAUACUUCAUAGAGAAUAUCUCUUGUCACGCUGUGAAUUACUGCUUACACAAAAAUAUUUUUGGGCAACAUUAAGAACUCUUUCUUAUUUCCACUUUCAUACUAUACACUUCAUUAUUCCACUUGGGGAAGUUUGCCCGCUGCAUUUGACAAAGCUUGCAUAUUCUUAAGCUAUGCAGACAUCUGCAGUGCAGUGCCGUCAAAAGGUUUUGCACCCCCCCCCCCCCACCCCCUCAAAUUCUUAUAUUUUUGCAUAGUUUCCCCAGUUUGUUUAAGAUUAUCAAACAAAUGUAAAUAUCGUACAGAUAUAACCCCAGUGAACUUAAAAUGCUGUUUUUAAAUGAUUUCAUUGAAUUACCCCACUUGUUAAAUCUUGAAUUAAUCGUGGCUAAUCAGAAUGUUUUGUUAAUUUGCACUGAUCACAUCCAAGCCUUGAUUAACACCAGACCUGUUGAACAGCAAUGACUCAUCCAGGAUGCCACAACUCAGGACAACUUCUAAAGAACUGCAAGCCUCCCUUGUUUCUGUUUAGGUCAGUGUUCAUGACACAAUAAGGAUGAGAAAAAUGGCAUCUAUGGCUGAGUUCCAAGGCGAAAACCAUUGCUGACCAAAAACAACAUAAGGUUCGUCUUACUUUUGCAAAAAAAAAUAAUAAUAAUAAUAAUAACAUCUGAAUGAUUCCCAAGACAUUUGGGAGACUAUUAUAUGGACUGACUGAGAUGAAAGUUGAGCUUUUUGGAAGGUGUGUUUCUCGUUACAUCUGGCGUAAAUGUAGCACAGCAUUUCAGAAAACGAACAUCAUACGAACAGUCAGUCAAACGUGGUGGUAGUGUGAUGGUCUCAGCCUGCUUUGAUGCUUCAGGACCUGGACAACUUGCUGUGAUUGAUGGAAACAGGAAUUCAUCCUGAAGGAGAAUAUUCAGUCAUCAGUUUGAAACCUCAAGCUGUAGCGUACUUGGGUUCUGCAGCAGGAUAACGAUCCAAAACACCACCAAGUCAACUUCCGAAUGGCUUCAAAAACAAAAUUACGGUUUUGGAGUGGCCUAGUCAAAGUCCAGACUUGAAUCCGAUUGAAAUGCAGUGGCGUGUCCUUAAAGGCCGUUUAUGCUCGAAAACAAACAUUUUUGCUGAAUUUAAAAACAUUCUGCAAGGAAGAGUGGAACAAAAUAUCUCCACUGAGAUGUGAAAAACUCAUUGCCAGUUAUAGAAAACGCUUGAUUUCAGUCGUUGCUGCUGAGAAUUAGUCUUUACACAAUCAGGAUUUUUGGGGUCGAUCACUGAUCAGCGAGUUUAAAAAAAUUAUAACCAAUCACCGAUCCGAUCACAAGAUGGAGCAAUGUGUCUAUUUAAAUGACUUGUUCAUUUACUCUAUGUACUUGUGUACUGUAUACUAAGUAGCUUCAAAAGUAUUCUAUUCAGGUCAUGUAUUCUAAUCAGUCAGAUCAAACCAACAUUACAACAUGACAGAAAUAAUGGGUGCUAACUUACUGUAAUUCAAUUACUUCACACAUACCGAAACUUUAAAGCAUGAUUCGACAUAAUGCCGGCAUGUUUACGUACAACCUACAUCACGUUUUGUUACCCGUUUGCGAGCGGUAUCGUAUUAAAAGUACGUGAACAUAACUCAAGCAGUCCUCUCCGAAGCACCGGUGACCGCCAGCACACGUUUUUCCCCAUUUUGUUCUGUGUGAUCCAUUGUUGUUGUCGUCGCCAUGGUAACGGGCGUAUCCGGUUGCGUUUGAGUUGACAAGAUAAACCCCCGUGAUCAUAAAAGACAGGAUGCGGUAGUAUCAGAAUACUAGAUUUUAUUGCAGUAGUCUGACAUAGUGCAAUCGUGAUAGACCAAAUUUGUCAUGUGUCUGAUCCAGGCAUUACGUGUUGUCGGUAUCAGACAUGUUGUCUGUCUCACACUGCCAAGGGUAUUAUUUAUAUAUAUAUAUAUAUAUAUAUAUAUAUAUAAUAUAACUUUAUUGGCGGUCAGAUAUUUACAGUACUACGUCAAAAGACACGCGACACGCGCUUUUUGGAUUCAAAUAUACUGUACACGAUGGCGACACGGAGUAAAUGUCUUUUGCGGAUCGGCGAAUUAUGACAUUAAAUCAGAUCAGCAUAAAAUGCUAAUUAUCGGCCGAUACCGAUCAAGCCGAUCAGAUCGGUGUAAAAUCUACUGAGAAUGGGCCAACCAGUUAUUAGGUUUAGGGCAGCAUUACUUUUUUACACACGGCCAGGUAAAUUUGAAAAGUUUGUUUUUUUCCUUAAUAAAUGAAAUCACCAUUUCAAAACAGCAUUUUAAGUUCACUUGGGUUCUAUUUGUCUGAUAUUUACAUUUGUUUGAUGAUCUUAAAGUGUCGAAACUCUGCAAAAAUAGAAGCAUUUCAGAAGGGGGGCAAUACUUUUUCACGGCACUGUACCUCGUGAGCACAUGCAGGUCAAGGGCAAUGGGUAACCCCAUGGGUAAUUUUGGAUUCUUAUUUUUACGUGAUUUUAUUUAUUGCUGUUUUUCGAUAUAUUUAUGCAGAUCUAAUAUGGACACUUUUAACCAUAUGCACUAAAAUGUUUUUAGCAAGAUUUUGAAAACAAAUAAACAAACACCCCCUGAAAAUCUCUGGUUUGUUAUUUUUUCAUUUUAUUUAACACUAUUCCUUGUACAAGUCUGAACUGUAUUGUCCAGAAAAGACACCAAAAACCCUGAACCAACAAAUCAAUCAAAACCACCACCGUACACCCGACCGACUUAAGAGAACUGGCCACAAAAUGAAAAGUGUUCAAAUUACACACACACUCUUUAAAC